AUGAACGAUUUCCUGACUUAUGUGGACGCGGAAGAGAAACAAAAACAUGAGGAGCAAAAAAGAAAAGUUGAAGAUGAAAAGCUUGCAGCUUAUCAGCGGAAAAGACAGCGAGCCCAACAAGUGAGACUGGCGGCUGAGGAUGAGGUUCAACCAUGCCAUGAUGGUGUAGCUUCUGACUCAGAUGCUGAGGAAGUCGAAUCUGUCUGGAAGCCUUCUGAACGCAAAAUUAAGCCAGAUCUUCCAGGUAUGAGGGCUGAGCGAUUGACCAAGGCUGACUUUCGAUUUGAAUGCAAAGAAGACGAUUACUUAGACGCAAUGUAUGGUGACCCUGAAGACCAAUUGGAAGAAGUCCCCAUUAAGGGUUCCGGUGACGACUCUGAAGGAGAGAUUGAAGAAAAUUCCAUGGAGGACGACGAUCGUGAAUCCGAUGAAGAAUCUGAUGACUCAUAUGAUUAG